AUGAAUCUAUUAAAGAUUAUUCGUUGGACUUUUAAUCCACAGAAGUAUUCAUUUAUUACUGUGAGAUCAUGUUUAGGUAGUAAAGGACAAAUACGUUUGCAAACAACUGAUGUACCACCUAAAGAAGAACCAUUAGCUGAUGUUAGUACAAAAGUGACUCCGAUGAAAAAAAGUAAUCUUAUGGAAUUUUUCGAUACAUCUGAUAGUGUACAUGACUCGAAAGUGAUACAUGGACGCUGGUGGCGUGUAGAUGAAUUACGUUUAAAAAGCAAUGAAGAUUUACAUAAACUAUGGUAUGUUCUUUUAAAAGAGCGUAAUCGUUUAUUAACUAUGGAAGAAGAAUAUCGAUAUCAACAUGAAUUGUUUCCUAAUCCUGAACGUAUUGAUAAAGUUGAAGAAAGCAUGCGUAAUAUAAUGUCAGUUAUACGAGAACGUGAUAUUGCUUAUAAUCUAUUGGAAACAGGCAAAACUAAUGAACAAACUCCUGAAAUACGUGAGACAAGUUUUGGUCUUCUACGAUAUUAUCAACCAAAAGAACGUAUAUUACCCUUUUAUAAAAAUCGCUAUUAUCAGUUAUUGUGGGGUAAACGUAAAGCAGCGCCAUGGACAAAUAUAUUUAAACGCCGCUAUAAUGAAUUUCAAGAACAUCAACAGCAUCAAGAAACUAAUCGUAUUAGAAAGAUUGUUGCUGAUCUAUUACAAAAAUAUCCACAUUUGCGUAAUGAAGAAGAACGUGUCAUGGAAGAAUAUAAGAAACGUUAUGAUUUCGAGCAAUUUCAUAUACCAAAACGAUUAGCUCGACGACCGAAAUUACGUGCUCAUCAAACUGUAUGGAAUCAAGAUGAAUUUAUUGAAAACGGUGCUUUUGAAGAUCCGAAUAGUGAAGAUUAUGAACGUUUGCAACAAGAGAAACUUGUUCGAAUGAAUAGAAAGAAAACAUAA